AUGUGGCGAUUACACUCGUCAUCUUCCCUGCGGAGAAUACCACCGCGGUUACAGCAGCAUCUACACAACUUCGGACCGUACCGAACCUCUGCCUAUCACAUUUCUGAAUUCCCAACAACAAGGCGGAGAGGUAGACGGAGCUUUUCCAGCUCCAACUGGCUCGAAGAAUUGGUUAUGGAUAAUCCCAACAAGAUUGAUCCUAGACGAUUGUACAAGUAUCUAAGGUUGGAAACCUUUCAGGCAGAUGAAAUUCGAGAUCAGUUUCAGAUGAUUGAAGCCAAGUACAGUAGUGAGAGUGGUGCUGGAAUCAGUCAGUCACAGAUACAGGAUUUCCUUCUGGAUCGAAUAGGAGAAAUUGAAAACGAAGAUGCAUCACCGGAAAGCAAAUACGACGAAGACGAAACGUUAUCCUUGCGUGAGAAAUUUGCGGAAGAUGAGGCGUCUCGAAUGUGGAAUCUAUUCAAGUCGGAUGAAAAGGGAGUCCUGAUGGAAAAUGAAUUCGUAGAUGUCGUGGAAGAAAGGGCACGAUCAUUGGAUCGCAAACGGGUGCUACCUCUGACACUAUCUAUGCUGCUGGUAGGAGCGAGUGUGGGUGUGGUAACUCCAGCGAUGCCAUUUGUGGUUCAGAACAUUGGUUUGACCGCCGGUGAAUACGGAUUGGUGGUGAGUGCUUUCGCACUGGCAAAAAUGACGGGGAAUAUACCCAGUGCGGUUUUGGUGGAGCGACAUGGAAGAAAGCCCUAUUUAGUGUACACAAUGGCCAUGACUGCUCUCGGCGUGGGUGGGAUUGGCCUGGCCAACAGUUUUGAGCAGCUAUACUUAUGUCGUCUAUUCACUGGUUUGGGUGUUGCUGGUCUAUCUACGGCAGUAACGAUGACUGUCACUGAUAUAUCGACGCCACUCAACCGAGCAUCCACCUUUGCCCCCAUCAUGUCUGCCUUCUCUGCUGGGACAGCGCUCGGACCUGCAAUUGGAGGGUUCUCGAUAGAUUAUAUGGGAAUCAGUCCUACCUUCUACGCUGUCGGAGUUUCGUAUAUUGGCUUGGCUGCAGUCAACCAUAUGCUUCUGAAAGAAACAAAACAGCUUCAUAUGGAGUUUCCUUGGCAUUCUGACGAGGGAAAUGGAGAGCCCAAGGCCACCAUUCGAGAUUCAUUUGAGUCGGCGUUGGGUCAAUGGGCACCGUUACUAUCACAGCCUGAUAUUCGAAACGUAUGCAUAAUGAAUGGCUUCUACUGGAUAGCAUUGGCGGGCUCGCAGAUGACUCUGUUGCCGUUGAUCUUGACUAAUCCAGAUGGCCUUGCAAUGACGGCAACCAAUGUUGGUCAAGUCUACAUGGGAAUGAGUAUUGUGCAAGUGCUCGGUAACCCUGUUCUGGCCAAGAUGGUCGACAAAGUUGGAAAGGUACCAGGUAUUCUUGGGGGUUGCACUUUGAUCUCUACGGCGAUGGGAACCUUGCCAAUGUGCACUGACACGUAUCAGCUGGCUGGGAUAUUAGGCAUUUGGGCCACUGGAUCUGCUUUGCUGUCGACUUCGCCCCUGGCAUUCAUAUCCGACAAGGUAGUCGAUCAAAAUAGAGCUCAAGCGAUUGCUCUGCUGAGAACCUCAGGGGAUGUUGGGUUUCUCAUUGGAGCUUCCAGCAUGGGAGCGCUUGCAGAUUGGACGAGCAGUCUUGAUCUGGCAAUGCAAUCAAGCGCCGGCAUCCUCCUUACUGCUACAGGAUGGUUCGCUGUCCGAAACUGGCUGAACUUGCAACUCGAGAAAGAAAAAGAACACUCGGCCUAA